GAAGCGGUGGCUAUCUUCCGCGAGCACGUCGUCGAUACGCAGGAUCUUUUGGAUGAUGAGAUGGCCAACGUGAAUACCGUCUUGGAUGUCCAGGAAGAGGUGCUUGACGCCUUGGGCAGGGUUACCCAGGAGAGGGCGGAUCUACGCGCCAGGCUGAAGACCAAGCAGUCGGAGACUAACCAAGUUCGCCGCGAGCUGGAGAAUGCAGAG